GAAGGGGGGUUCUGGGGUGGUGGUCUGCUUCAUGUUGGAGGACACCCCUCCAUCUGUUCACAGCCCAGCCUGCUUCCAAUGUAAAGCCCAGAAUUCAACACAAACCUCGAAUUCUUUUCCCCAUUUUAAAUGCAAAGCAAGGCUUGGGAAUCAUAGAGUCUGUGCUACUGAGAUUCGGACCAGAUUUCCCCCCAAAUUUCUCAGGCCAUUUGCUUGAAUACCUGCUUACAGUGCUACACAAUGGGCAGCUUUGAGAAGAAAAAUUGAUAAUCUUCACGGAAGAGUAAUUUGAAUGAAAUUGCACUUGACAGCCUGUCUCCGAGCAAACAAGAGGCGCGAGGGAGCCUGAGCUAAGCUCCCAGGACUUGCCCGAGCCGCGGCUGCCCGAGCCUCCCAGGGAAAGAAAACCGCCAGUUUUUCCAGCAGCUAAUUGAGCUUUUGAUUAAUUCCGUGCACCAGAUUCUGCUGAAGAAAGGAGAAGAAUGGAGGAGAAUAUGGAAGAGGGACAGACACAAAAAGGGUGUUUCGAAUGCUGUAUUAAAUGCCUGGGAGGCAUCCCCUACGCCUCUCUGCUCGCCACCAUCCUGCUGUACGCCGGCGUGGCCCUGUUCUGUGGCUGCGGUCAUGAGGCGCUCUCCGGGACCGUCAACAUCCUGCAGACCUACUUCGAGAUGGCGAGGACCGCCGGAGACACCCUGGACGUCUUCACCAUGAUCGACAUCUUCAAGUACGUGAUCUACGGCAUCGCGGCCGCCUUCUUCGUGUAUGGCAUCCUGUUGAUGGUGGAGGGCUUCUUCACCACCGGCGCCAUCAAGGACCUGUACGGGGACUUCAAGAUCACCACCUGCGGCCGCUGCGUGAGCGCCUGGUUUAUCAUGAUGACGUACCUGUUCAUGCUGGCCUGGCUGGGGGUGACGGCAUUCACCUCCCUGCCCGUGUACAUGUACUUCAACCUGUGGACCAUCUGCCGGAACAGCACCCUGGUGGAGGGGGCCAAUCUCUGCCUGGACCUGCGUCAGUUCGGCAUCGUCACCAUCGGCGAGGAGAAGAAGAUCUGCACGGUCUCCGAGAACUUCCUCAGGAUGUGCGAGUCCACGGAGCUGAACAUGACCUUCCACUUGUUCAUCGUGGCCCUGGCUGGAGCGGGGGCAGCGGUCAUCGCCAUGGUUCACUACCUUAUGGUUCUGUCUGCCAACUGGGCGUACGUGAAGGAUGCCUGCCGGAUGCAGAAGUACGAGGACAUCAAGUCCAAGGAGGAGCAGGAGCUGCACGACAUCCACUCCACCCGCUCCAAAGAGCGGCUCAACGCGUACACAUAAACAAAACCUCCCGCCGACCGUCCAGAUGCAUUGGUGUUCAACUAAGGGCCAUCCAACCAUCCAACCUUCUGAAGAAUAAAAUGAAAGUGCUUCUCAUCAAUGAUAUGGAGGGUGACUUAGGAAUCACCUGAACACAAGUCUUUGUUGUGUAGCACUUAAUUUCCGAAUUUGUUAAAUUGAUGUAAUCAGAUGUCUUCUACAAGCUCCUAUCCAGCCUUUUUCUUCUUUAAAUUUCUCAGACUCAUUGAGUAAUUCCUAAGAUCAAUGAAACUAACACUGUCAAAUGCAGAGAUUUAUUUGAUUUUUAACCACUUUCCAUGUGUUAUACAUAACCCCUUUUGCAUUAUUUCUUAUGUUUUGAAAAUAAAAAACAGCUUUUUAUACUUUUUAGUUUUGAUUUCGGUAACUAGUUUGACUACAGGUAACCUUCAAAGGGACCAUUGUACAUUAUAAACAACAGACAGAGAUGAUAUCAUGAUGACUCUUCUUGAAAUAUGGAACUCUUGUCUGAAGAUCAGUGGCCACACUGCUAUAGGCUCUGGUUAAUGUUUUCAUCAAUCUAAGGUGCAAUUUCUAAAUUUGUAAGAGUAGGUUUAAAAAAAGUGCUUCUUAUCUUUGUUAACAUUGUAUUUUUUUCUUGAUGUACUGAAGAGGGAUUUUCCUCUGAUUCUUCAAGUUUGUGUUGUGAGCAUGAACAGUGAUGCUGAUGCAUGUAGUUGCCUUUCUAAGAGUGUGAGACCAGGCUUACCUUUCUAAGUUCAGGACAGAGACAGUUUCAUGGAAAUAACUAUGUGGACAAUGGGAGAAGGCUCUCUUUGCGAUUUAAGCAGUGGCUGGAUUGGAACUUUAAUAUGCUGAUGUGGAAUGUUAAUUGCCUUCAUGAAGGUGGUAGAUGAAAAAUAAGCACACUAACCUCUCAGAAGUUGUUUUGCCUACUUUCAAAAGGUUCAAUGGAUUGCACCUCUGUAAACGAUCCGUCAGCUGUGUAUGAUACAUUUGAAAAGGCUUCCAUUAAUAUAAUAGCUUUGCUUGCAGCCUUCCAAUCUAUGUUGGUUUACCUGUAGUGUUUUUAAAGUAUAGUUAGAGGCCGCUAUACAAUGUAUCCUUUCAAAGUAUAGUGGCCUGUCUGUGGUUUUUUUUCUAGUCAGUCAUUUUAACCCCAUGUUCAUUCAUAUUCAUUUAUAAGAAGUACCUAUAUCAAAGGAAUAACAAGAAGCAAUCAGUGUUAUUGGACCAAAUUUGGUGUUUGUUCUCACCUUGACUCUUGAUUAUUUCUAAUGCUACAAGAAUGCUGCAAAGUGUCUUAUAAAAUGAUGUCGCUUGACAAGACAUUUUUGUCGGUGUAUGAAAACUAGGUAGUACUGUGCACUGAUUUGACCAUUGUGAAAUCUUUUCUCAGUAUAAGUGCAUUUCUAAUAAAAUUUCUCCAGUGAACAAUCUUUGUACAAUGACCAGUCAUGCAUCACCCAUAAUUUUACAAGUUCUUGUAGUACGUAGGGAUAUUACUAGGGUUCUCUGUGGCAUGAUAAUGCAUCUGUAGUAUUAUUUAAUUAAUUUGGGGGUUUGGCUUCUUUUUUUUUUUUUUUAGAUUAUCUUACUGGUUCAACAUUUUUCUGAUAUAUGCAGUAUUACAGAUAUUCAGCAAAAGUAUUAAUGGGCUUCUUUAAAUUCUAUAUGAUAGUGUUUCAGUUCUGUGUCUUAACAGUUUGUGAUGAUUUUUAAAACUGUCUUUUAAACUUCUGUAACGAUGUUGACGCUUUUGCCUUUUUUCCCCCCGGUAUUCGAGUUUGUAUCUUCACAGAGAGUGCUUUGUAGCAGGCAUUAUAAGGAAUCUGUUUUGUACAUAAAUGUGCCAGCAGCUCAGUGGUGGCGUUUUUGAAAUGUAGGACCAAGUGCUUGCAAACCAGAAUAAAUACACUCGUGUGCUUUGUGUACUUA